AUGGGGCGCCAAGCCGGAGGUCCGCCGCAGUCGUUUGGAAUCUUUCGUGAUGCCUCACAACCUCAUACGAACCAUACAAUCAUCCAUCUUUCUCGCCUGAUGCCAGGCAGAUGGACUUGUCGCCCGAGAUCAUGCUUGAGCCCCAUUAGACUACCUUUGCGGGCUCAAUGCCGCCAGUCUUCCGCUCACGUCUCCGGUCGCAUCUUGAGGGGUCGCGACCUUGGCCCUACACGCGAGGAUGCCCACCAGACGUUCCGCCUCCGUAAGGACGAGACAGCCAGAGAACUCCCACUGUCGCCAUUGCUCGAUCCGAUAGUCGUCGAGGAGAGAUCACGCUUCGAGCAAACAAAAGAGCGACCGAAAUUUGCCGAGUUUACGCCUUUCCAGAAAAAGCUAUGGAUGAAUCCAUUCGCCCACGCAUUGGCAUCGCCUAUCCGUCAAUGUCGCGCGACAGUCAUCUUGCUCCCCGCCGCUUUCUUGGUGUCUUUUCAUGCCCGCCCCCACCCCACCACCAAAGACCCGUGGCUCCUGCCAGUCUCUCUUACGACGGAUAAGAAACAUCUUGGUCCUCCAUUACGGUUAAUUGGGAAACAUCUGGUCGUCGCACACAUGGGCAAGAAGAAGGCGUGGGAGAGAGCUCUAUACGCACGCAUGACGGAAAAGUUUGGCGGUCACAACUUGAAGAAGAUGGUUUGGAGGGAGGACAUGCCAGACUUUGUAUUAGAAAUCAUGCGUAAGAGACUAGACAGCAAGCUGAGCUGGAACUUUGGUUUCAGAGGCCGCUUGAUUCCAGUCGCAAGUCCCCGAACUGAGGACAUUGAGAGCGUGGAAGACGUUUCCUGCGUGCUCAUAUUUCGAUCGCUUCGCACUCGCGCGGAUGACUUGCAAAAGCAGGUGGAUCAGAACAUGACUGAGCUGGAAAAAUGGUCAAACUACUUUACCAAGAGCUUCGAGGCGAAGCUCGAUCCUCACGCUGCCCCAGGGGUUACCCACUCCUCACCGCACUGGUAUACUGGUCCUGUAGUUUCUCGUCUGCAACCUCGCGUGCAGUUUCCAGAGCUUGAGUUCCAUACCACCGUUUGGCGAGGGAAGAAGGUUGCAGUCUACAGCUUGACGGAUUUGCUUGGAGAAGACAAGGCGCAAGAAUUGAUAAAAGGCAGCCAGUACGUUGACGAGAGAUGUGUCGUAAUGAAGGCAGCAAGACACAACGUACCGGUGGAGAUACUGCUCAUGCAACUUCAAGCGUAUAUCGCUCAACCGGGACCUUAG